AUGUCGUCCGUCACCAGCAGCGCGGCCACGGCCACGGCCACGAGCUCCACCAAGGUUCCCGAGCAGGCGGGUAUCCUCGAGGGUAACAAUCCGACCCACUACAACCCCAAAGAUCCGAUUAUCCUGUUCAUCAUUCAGGCCGGCAUCAUCAUUAUUUUCUGCCGUGCUCUCCACUAUCCUCUGCAGAAGCUACGCCAGCCCCGCGUCAUUGCCGAAGUCAUCGGCGGCAUCCUGCUGGGUCCGUCGGUCAUGGGCCAAAUACCCCACUUUACCGAGACGAUAUUCCCCACGGCGUCAAUGCCCGCCCUGACACUCGUAGCCAAUUUGGGUCUUGUGCUGUUUUUGUUCCUGGUUGGUCUCGAGGUUGAUCUUCGCUUCCUCCUCAGCAACUGGAAGAUUGCGGCGAGCGUGGGCGUGGCGGGCAUGGCCCUUCCCUUCGGCCUGGGCGCUGCUAUCUCCUACGGCCUGUACAAUGAAUUCCAUGGCGAAGGGGGCACGGUGCCGAUUAAUUUCGGCGUGUACUUGCUCUUCAUUGGUGUUGCCAUGGCAAUUACGGCUUUUCCGGUUCUGUGCAGAAUCCUGACUGAGCUGAAGCUGCUCACCACUCCGGUCGGUGUUAUUGUGCUUUCGGCUGGUGUUGGAAACGACGUUGUCGGUUGGAUUCUCCUUGCUCUUUGCGUUGCGCUCGUCAAUGCAGGUAGUGGAAUAACCGCCCUCUGGGUCCUACUAGUCGCUGUCGGCUACGUGCUCUUUGUCUGGUACGCGGUCAAGCCUGCAUUCUGGUGGGUCCUGCGCAGGUCCCGCGCUCUUCAGGAUGGGCCUAGCCAGGGAAUAAUUGCUAUGACCAUGCUUUUGACCCUCACCUCCGCCUUCUUCACUGGCGUUAUCGGUAUUCAUCCUAUUUUCGGGGCCUUCAUCAUUGGCCUGAUCUGUCCCCACGAGGGAGGUUUUGCCAUCAAAUUGACUGAGAAGAUUGAGGAUAUCGUUGGCGCUGUCUUCCUUCCUCUCUACUUUGCUCUGUCUGGUCUCAACACCAACUUGGGUCUGCUCAACACGGGAAUGACAUGGGCUUAUGUCAUUGGUGUCGUUUGCGUCGCCUUUUUCGGAAAGUUCCUCGGCGCCUCUGGGGCAGCGCGCGCCUGUGGCCUUGUCUGGAGAGAGAGCUUUACCAUUGGUGCCCUCAUGAGUUGCAAGGGCUUGGUCGAACUCAUUGUCUUGAAUAUCGGACUGCAAGCCAAAAUCCUCAGUCAGCGUACUUUCACCAUCUUCGUCGUCAUGGCCUUGAUCACGACUUUUGUCACGACCCCUCUCACGUCUUGGCUGUAUCCUCCUCACUACCAACGUAAGAUUGAGGCGUGGAAGCGGGGCGAAAUCGACUGGGAUACGGGUGCUGCCAUCAGCCACCGCGAAGACAGCACGGACGCGGUUUCGUUCGAGAAGCUGGAGAGUGCAAAGGUUCAAAGCCUACUUGUCUACCUUCGCCUGGACAGCAUGUCUGCGUUGCUUCCCCUCGUAUCACUGUUCGGUGCCACCUCCAGCAGCGGCAAGAACAAGGUCCACCCGUCCAAGCCGUCUGAGUCGCAUGAGCAAGAAGGAUCGACUGUGGCGAAGAGGCCUGUCAAGGCUCAUGGUAUCCGUUUGCUGGGGCUCACCGAUCGUGAAUCUUCAGUCAUGAAGGUGUCCGAGGUGGACGAGUUCGGACUACACGACCCUGUGGUGAACACUUUCAGGACGUUUGGUUAUCUCAACAAUCUCGCAAUCUCCGGAGAGGUUGAUGUCACACAAGAGGAAUCUUUCUCGGACACAUUGGUUUCCCGCGCUUCAGACAUGUCCUCGGACCUUGUCAUCAUCCCUUGGAGCGAGACCGGAAACAUGUCUGAGCUUGUUGCCAUUUCAAAUGAUGCAGUUCGUCGCAAGCUUCACACAAGUGCCUACAACAGCUUCGUCACCUCUAUCUUAAACAAGACCUCUAGCGUUACCGCUGUGUUCAUCAACGAGAACUUUGGUGGCUCCGGCAAGAAGGAUCGGAAAAAGCUGCAGCGUUCGAUCAGUCAUAUCAGCCUUCGCAGCAGCCAGGAGAAGAACAUCCCGAUAGCCCCGAGUGCCGACAAGACCCACCAUAUCUUUUUCCCCUUUUUUGGUGGAGCCGAUGACCGGGCCGCAAUCCGUCUUGUUCUUCAACUUGCUGAGCACCCAGAUGUCACUGCAACAAUCGUCCACUUCGAGACUCCUGACGGUUACUUCGACUAUUCUGCCGAAAUCACACCAGCGGUAGAAACAGAUUCUCCAGCAACGAGCAAACAACCUACAACAACGGUUGCACCCAGCGCCGACAAGGAUGGUGCCUUCUUCCAGGCGCUGCGCAGCUCUGUUCCAAGCGAGCUGCAAGACUCAGUUCUCUUUGACUCGGUGACGACGACGAGCCCGAUCUCGGCCGCCAUUGAGCGCGCACAAUCGGAAAUUGGCCAGAACCCGCGCAAUGCCGGUGAUCUGAUUGUUCUGGGACGCAGCAUUGCGCAGUUCGCGGCAUUCACCAAGGAGAACGUCAAGGACGUUCCACGGGACGACAUUGAUUCCGAGGCGCAGAAAUGCCUGGGCGUCGUUGCUGAGACCGCUGUUAGGUCGAAGGUCAAGGCUAGCAUCCUCGUCGUGCAGGGCCGCACUCUGCCCACAGAGUAA